GCGUCAAAUCUCUUGCACCUGUGAGCAUUGGAUGGCACCGGCGGCUGUGGCAGGCGGCAGGGCCCCGCGCAUCGCCUCGCGCGUCCCCCGAACCCGGCAGCAGCGCAUCCUGGCGUGAGGAGGUCCCCAUUGUGGUCCACGCCCUUAGGCCCUUACGCCUGGCUGGCCGCACGCCUCGGCGGCACGCGCGUGCUCCACGGCGUGCGGUAUAAAGCACGGACUCUGGCGCGCGCCGGGACUCCUACGCGGCAGGUGACUCGGUGCGGGUGUGCGACAUGCAGAGGCUGUGACUCUCCGCAACCAACAGUCCAACAUGACGACGUGUCGCCGUCUAACGCUGCUCGCGGCGCUCUGCGCCCUGGGCGCCACCCUGGUAGCCGCCGCGGCCGCCGACGCCAAGACCCGUCCCGUGCUGCCGGGCUCCAUCGCGACCUUCAAGGCAUCGCAGCGCGGCGCGGCCGCGGCCGCCGCCUCCGCCCUGGACCUGCGCAGGGACAACCAGACCAUGACGGCCGCCAUAGACGCGCGGCGAGCCAUGCUGGCCGCGGCCAACGAGUCGCGCACCGCGAGGCCCCGCGAGGAGGACGCCGUCGGCCAGGGCGACGGCGACGGUGAGGGCGACGAGCAGAACCCUACGGCCUCGGCCAGCGCCGCUGACGAGGACGAGGACCAGGGCGACGAGCACCGUCCACAGAACCACCGGGUGGUGGAGCCCACGGCUACCGCUCCCGACGGCCGCUUCGCCCCGAGCACCGAGCUCGGCCCCAUUCCCGACCAGUACGGCUACGAGGGCCCCACCAGGCACAUCCACAUCCACCAGCACCACCUGGGCGCCGCGGGGGCCACGAGCGCCACCGGGUCCGGUGCAGCCUACGGGGCGCCGUCGGGCGCGGGGUCCUCGACCGGCCGGAGGCCGACGCCCGUGCACUCCCCCGGGCUGUCACACUACCGCGCCUCCGGCUCGUCCGCGCCCUCCGCCCCGUCCGCGCCCAGCGCCCCGGGCCACCACGCCCACGUCCUGCUCAACUACAAGCCCCUCAAGUUCGAGAGCGAGGAGGAGCUGCAGCAGCACCACCACCACCACCAGCAGCAGCACCAGCAGCAGUACAGUGUGCACGAGGACCAGGAUCACCACCACUUCCACAACCAGCAGGCCGUGCACUCGGCCAUCGCCGCGGCGCACCCCGUCGGGCAUUCGCAGGCCGGGGAGGCCACCGGGGAGCUAGCGGUGGGCAUCGGACUGGGGGCGGGCCUGGCGCAUGGUGUAGGGGCCGGGGGCCUCGACGGCGGCCAGGGAGGAGGUCUCGGGGGAGGUCUCGGGGGAGGUCUGGAGGGCGGGGCCCUCGGCGGUGGAGCCGCGUUGGGCGGGGAAGCUGGUCUGCAGUACCCUCUCCUGGGAUCCGCACCAUACGAACCCCCGAAGGCGUUACCCAACAUCGGUGACCACAUCACAUUCUCCCACCGGCCCAAGGAAGUCAAGAAGGGCAAGUCGACAAACCUCUGGAGGUCAGCUCUGAAAGUGGUGGCGGGCCUCGCCCCGCUCGCGCUCCUCGUCGCCGCCAUCUCGCCCAACGUCCUGAUUAUCGACCCCCGCCUGGGCACCAGACAGCGCUCCUCCGAGGGUCAGUUGGCGGCGCAGCGCUGCGAGCAGCGCGCCGUGUGCGAGGUGGCGCGCGCCACGGGGCCGCAGGCGCUCAGCGCCCUGCGCAACAGCCUGCCCCGCUCCAGAGACCAGGCGAUCGAGCUGGCCGCCAUCAUCCAGGCCGUGGAGUCGGGCGCGUGCUCGCAGUUCGCGUGCGCCCAGUACGACGCCCGGGCCAACGCGACGGCCGCGGCCGAGGUCGCCGCUGCCAGCAGCAGUAAUGCCAGGGCGGUUCUGGUGACGCCGGGGCCGCCGUCGAUCGCGACCACGCCCAUGACCGCGACCAGCACCUCCGCGACGAGGAGGGUCAAGGAGCGCAAGAGGAAAAAGGUGGUCAAGGAGGCUGAGGCCACCACAACAGUAGGGCCACCGGCCUCCUGAGGGUGGCCACCCUUGUGAUUCUCAACAACGACUGAGGUAGCGUUAAGACAAAGUUUUAAUUUAAUAAAAAACAAACCAACAAAACAAACAGAACCAAC